GGACAACUGAGCCUAGCAGAGCCAAGCCACUCCUCCCCAAACACCAUACGUAGCAGGGGGCAUAGAUGAUCACCGAGCCCUUGGAAGAGGCUGAAGCCACCAGCAAGCCAGUAUAUGAUCUUCCUGAGGCCUCCGUGGGCAACGAAGCUGAUGACAACUCUGCAGUCAUACAUGGAGAGUCCCAAAGUCCAGACUAUCUGCCUGAUGAUGGCCCGCCGGUAGAAAGCACUUCAACAAUAUCUGAAGAGAAGGAUGUAGACCAGGCCUCUGAGUCAACAAUCACUGCCACAGAGCGAGACGAAGAUCAAAUCUCCAUCAAGACUGACACCUUCACGGAGCAGGAUGAAGACCAGGCCUCAAUGCAGAGUGCGUCCUCCAAGGAGCAAUAUGUAGACCAGGUGUCCACAAAGACCGCCACUCUCGUUGGGCCGGAUAAAGACCAGGCCUCCGUGCAGAUUGCCACCUCCAUGGGGCAGGAUGAAGACCAGGAGUCCAAGACAAUUGCCACUUCCAUGGGACAAGAUGGGAAUCAGGCCUCCAUGCAGAUGACUACCUCCCCAGGGCAAGAUGUCAAGACAGCCAUCUCCAUGGAUUUGUCAACUUCUGGGGACAAAGAUGAGAGCCCAGAUGCUCCAAGCCAUAACCAGGAGAAUCCUGAAGAAAGCCCCUCUCUGUUGUCCCAAAACCAGGGGGUCCUGCAAAUGUUUGUGGGCUUCCAGAAUCCAGUGUGGGACAGACUGGCUGAAAAUCACCGUCGGAGCCGCACAGUUUCCCCAAGUGACUCCCAGAGCCAGGAAAAGAUAGCAGGAAAGCUCAGUGUUCCUGAAGGGCAGCCAGAGACAGCUCCAAGUGCUGACAUCCCCUCUGCCCCGCCUGAAGAUGUCCAGCCUUCUGAGGGAGCUGCCGACUCAUCUUUGGAUACCAGUAGUCCUGACCAAGAGCGCAUGGGUAUCACCAAGUCUGCUGAGCAGGAAGCUGAAGGUUUCCAGGCCUCGAACCCCGAAAGCAAAGCUCCAGUGCCAACCGGGGAGGAUUUAGCUGACAACUCAAGGACCGUGCAGACUCCCCCACCUUCCCCCAGCUCCCCAGGGGGCAGUCCACCUCCCUCUCCAGAUCCCCACCACAUAUCCCUGGACAGGAACCUUCUAGACCCCAGCCUGUACAGGCCUGAUGUGGAGAAUGACUACAUGCGCUCCAUGACUAGCCUGCUGGGUGGUGGUGAGGGCUCCAUCAGCUCCCUCGCAGACAUCCUGGUGUGGUCAGACACAGCCACGGGCAUGGGUUUGGCCCUGGGCCUUCUGGCCUCAGACCACAGCUCUCCAGCUGACAGGCUCCAUGAUGAGGGUCCCAGCCUGCGCACUGUCUCUAGCCUCUUGGGCAGUGCCAGGUCAGCUUUCUCCUCAGGGUUGGUGGCUGGGACUGGCUCGGCCCUGCGCUCAGUCACACACCUCCUGGAGUCCGUUGAGAGGCGAACUGUGGAAGGCAUCCGUUCAGCUGUGCGCUACCUGGCCAACCACUUGACCCCACGCUGGGCCCGCACUGGCCCCAAUUGACUAGACCACAAGUCCCCUGCUCCCACCCCACGUCUGGAUAGAUGAUCCCACCCAGACCUUCAGUAAAUAUCCACAAGCGUUUAUUUUCUAA